AACCCGGAAGCCUGGCACGUUUCAUUCAUGCCCUGUCGUGUUUGUCCUGUCACUGUCAUGUUUGAAAGUCAGAUAGACGGGCACCGUUGUUGAAAACAGAAAGAUGUUAUCUGUUUUAUUAAAUACAGUUUGGAGGAAAUGCUUUUCCUCUUUCUUCUAGGACACUUCCUUCGCCGGUAAUCAUUAAGAGAUUUCAACAACAUUAUUUUUAUGAUGAAAGUCUAACAGCAUUACCCUGGGUAGGCCAACGUUAGCUAUUUAUCGCUAUCUUGAUCUAUAAACGAAUGCUAACUGUAUUUAGACUAUAUGCCGUGUAUCGUUUUUUCAUUAUCAUUUUAAUUUACCUUAACAUCUUAGACACAUAGUCUUUAGCUUAAUCUCAAACUCAUCACUGGCUACAUUAAAAGAGCCCCACUCUGUUUUCAAACUACAGCCCGGGACGGAACAGAAAAGGCACCUGUCGGCAUUAUGCUGCGACAAGGUUUAUAUGUAGUACGAGGACUUUAUCGAGAUGGCUUGAAACUGAUUAGACUCGCAGGUCAGCAGUCUUUCAACCGGGCGCAUUUGCCUGCAUCCUAUUGCCAUCAGCCUAUAGGUGUUCGUGCUCUUACGAUGUCGUCAUGGCCUUUCUCUUCGAAACCACGGGACUACAGCCUGCCCAAUGAGUCAUGGAGUCCAGAGAUGCAGAAGUUAUAUGACCACUACAACGCAUUAUGCGAAGUUGAGGAGGAAGGAGAGAAGAAGAGGGGAGCGUGGUGGAGGCUACCCAGCUACAACCGCACUCUUAAAUAUGCAACUGGCGGCCGGUGCCUCAGUAAGCUUCUGCAGGCCAAGGCCAGGCUCUUCACCCGGAACAUUGAGGAACCAGGAGCAGGCUUUGAGUACGUGGUCUUCCUCAACAAACCGGAGAAGAGCUGUGUGUGUGUGUUCCAGGCUGGACACCUUCUGGAGGGGCCGCCAGGGCACGUCCACGGGGGAGCGAUUGCCACCAUGAUAGACUCUGUGACGGGAACACUCGCAACCUAUCUGUCAGGACCUGUCAUGACGGCUAACCUCAACAUGAAUUACCGCAGCCCCAUCCCUCUGGGCAGUGUGGUGUUGGUGCACUGUGCGCUGGAGAAGGUUGAGGGCCGCAAAACCUUCAUUUCCUGUCGGGUAACCAGCUCAGAUAGAGCCAAACUGCACACAGACGCCACAGGGUUAUUUCUGACGAUUAAUGUGGGCCACCUAUUUGGAGCGUGAUGUACAAGCCAACCUGUGCCGCAAAAAAAAUAAACGGGCUCAACAUGUGGGAAACGUACCUGGCAUCCAGAGCCGAGGCCUUCUUAGAGAGAAUAAGUGUUGGCGUGUUUGUAUGAGUGCAUACUGUGUUUCUCUAUGCAUAUGAGAGUAUAUGCGAGUAUGUGUGUUUAGUUUUGUUUUUUUAACAUGGAAGGGAAGGACUGACCAAUCCAACGAACAUGUUACCUCUUUGACUAGACAUGUUAAUCUCUCCCUCCCCAUUGCCUUUCUCCAUAGCCCCCCCCCCCCCUUUUUAUGUUGAACCCCCUACCUCUAUUGUUACAAGGGAUGUAGCGUACCUAUGUCAGUUAUCGGACAGUGUCAAACAUCUGCCAUUCUGUUAAACAAUCAAAAUGCUAAGUUUAAUAAUGGAUUAACAAUCUAUAACUUCAGUUUAAUAAUGGAUUCACAUGACAACGCGAACAUUUGCUGAUAACACACGUUGUCCGAUAAUUAACACCGUUACGAUAAGGCUGUUCUUCAUUUAGUUAUCGCUGUAUAUUUAUCAACAAAGUAUUUAUUGUCAUGUAACAAAAGUAUAAUUUCACCAUAGCCUUUAAUAUUUAUUUUAAAAACAAUAUGGGGUGGCCUUCUGAUAAUACAUAACUGAUGGUGUUUUGCAGUUAUUGUUCAAUGCAGCUGUGUGAACUCGAUAAUAAAUAUUUCUGGAAAA